AUGCGCAAGAAUUUCUUGACCUGGCCGCAAUCAACAUAUGUGUGUUCAAGAUCGAGUCCCUUAGUGCUGCAGUGGUGCUUCCAGGCAGAGUGCCAGAGACAGUCGCCGAGAGCAAUGGGAAAGUCGAGGAAGAGCGCUCGUGUGAGUGAUCAGAUGAUGUUCCCAAUGCCGGGGGCAAUGAACCCAGCAAUGGGAAUGAACAACCCACUGGCCAUGAUGAACCCUUUCAUGUUGCAACAGCAGCAACAGAUGCAGCAGCAGCAACAGAUGCAGCAAAUGCAGCAGAUGCAGCAAAUGCAGCAACAGCAGCAGAUGGCUGCUGUGGGUGAAUCAAGGCAGAGUGCCAACGACUCCUCCUCGUCGGAAUCAGAAGACCAAGAAGUGAGGAGGAUUCGUAAGGAAACCAAGAAGAACAGAGCAAGGCAAGCAGCAACGAUCGGGAUUGAUCGGCUGGCAACGUCCACUACCGAUGCAGAUGCAAUCCCGAGAAGCGCCACGACAUUGCGUUCGAUCCCUCUGGCUGCUUGUCAAUCAACAGAGUAUCCCUAA